AAUACAUAAAGAAAAUGAACAGUAGCGGGCCAUGGCUGUCAGAUGAAAGACUAGCUGAGAAAAUGACUGCUGGUUCAGUCUCCGUGCCUCAGAUUAUUCCCCUGCGAGUUCCUCCUCCAGGGAAAGCCAAGCAUGAAAUAGACACCAAUACACUUGUAGAAAUAAAAUCAGACACCCCUGAUGUCAGCAUAUACUACACCUUGGAUGGAAGCAAACCAGAGCUCCUAAAGAGAGCUGGCUAUGGUGAAAAUAAUACUUUUAAGUAUUCAGGACCAAUCACUUUGCCUGAUGGUAAAAUAUUGAUUAAAGCAAUGGCAGUCACAAGAACCUGCAAAGAGAGUGGCAUUGUCACAAAGACGUUUCUGGUAGACUACAAGUCACCAAGUGUGGUCUCUUCUGAUGAAGAUAAUGACGAGAAUUUCCUUAAAGAUCUUUCAAAGCAGGAGUUGAGAGAUGGACAUCCUGGCCCAAAACAGAGAAGGGCAGACAUAGAUGUGGGAAGCAAACCUGACUAUAAUGUAACAUUUCCAAAGUUUCAAGAUGGCAGAGUAGACCAGAAAUCUGACCUCAAAAUCCUGAAAGAUCUAUAUUUCUCAAAAGAUCCCAUGGAAGUCUCCGAUUUCCAAGAAGAUUUAGUCUCUGCAUCAUCCACUCACCAGGUGCAGUUCACUAGUCCUACAGACAUGACCAGCAGGAAAAGUUUGAUUAGGACCCAAGCCGCCAGAGUUCCAAGGGAAGCUGACUUUCUCAAGUGUUCCCGUUGUUUAGCUCCUCGCCCGUCUGAUCCCUUUGCUCGGUUCUGUCAAGAAUGCGGCUCUCCUGUCCCACCCGCUCUGAGUCAACACCUCCUUCCCCUGGAAGAAGCUCAGAUGGGAUUAUGUGGAGAAUGCAGAACUAGAGUUCCAAUGAACACCCUGAAUUGUAUUGUCUGUGAAACACCGCUCACUGCACAGCUGCAGUCCCCAGCCGGUACCCAUUUAAAGAGGACGAUCAUCUGUCUCACCUGUGGAACAGGAAACCCCAUCCACCUCAAGUAUUGUGUGACGUGUGAGAGCCACCUGCCUGAAACGCAAGCGCCUAUAAUAAGGGAAGAAACAACCCCACCUUCAUCCAGUUGGAGAGGAAAAACCAUUUCCUGCUCAAAGUGUGGUCGUAGAAACCGUUGUGAUGCUCACUUUUGUGAUUGGUGUGGAACCAAGCCCAGCCUUCCUGCAUGCUACUUCACCUGCACUAAAUGUGGAGCCUGCAAUCCCAUACGUGCUAGAUUUUGUGGAUGUUGUGGUGUUUACACAGAGCCUUUGGAAAGAUCAGAUUCAGAGAAGUGCAUGUUUCUUAGUCCUGGAGAUGCCUCUGCAUUUUCUGAGCUCCAAUCUGCAUGGCAGCCUCUAAUUGUAUCACUGUCAGAUAUACAAGACAGAAAGGACAAAAGCACCCAAACUAUUGGCCUCUUUUACCCAUCCAGCAAGGAGUUGGAAAAGAAAGAACUUGAGCUGGUUUCUCAAAAAGAAAAUCAAGAGAAAAUGAGUGACCACAAGCCUCUUCGCACGGCUAUCAGCCCUGGAAAAGGCUACUGGAGGAAACAGCUGGAUCACAUCAGUGCUCAUCUCAGAAGCUAUGCUCAGAACAAUCCCGAGUUCAGGGUUGUAAUUGGAGAACCUCGGAUGGGAAAACUUCUUUCCGCGGUGGUCCAAGAGGAUGGUUUUGAAGUCAGUAUCAGGUUGAAUUACAUACGGAUCACCAACAAGGAUAUCCUCACCAGCAAGCCAACAAAAUCCAACAGUCAUUUUUUAAGUGACGUGACUGAAGGCAGGAAUGGAUUGUAUAGUAGCCAAGACAGCUUGGCGAGUGAAAAGAGCCAGGGUACCUCGGGCACCGAGAAUAAAGAAAAGAGGACCAAGAAGAAGAUAAGAAAACAUUUAGCAAAAGAAGAAAAGCUUUCCCCUGAAAAUAGAAGCCUCCUGAAAGAAGUGAGCCUGGAAGGGAAAGGAAGCAUUUCGCUCAUCGAAGAACUUCUCGAUGAAGGAGCUGAUCCCAACUGCAAGAACAAUGAGGAUCGACCAGUACUAACUGUAGCUGUUUUAAACAUGCACCAUGAAGCAAUCCCAAUUCUCGUGCAGAAGGGGGCUGAUAUUGACCAGCUGUCAGGACCCCUCAGAAAUACAGCUCUUCAUGAAGCGACUCUGUUAGAGGCAGUGAAGUGCAUAGAAGUCUUAUUGGGGUGUAAUGCAAGCAUCAAAAAGAAGAACGAGAAAGGGAUGUCAGCCUAUGACUUGGCUCUGAAGACUGGGAAUGACCAAAUCAUUUCACUCUUUGCUGUUAGACUUGGCCAGGGAAUGCUGAGCCAACGCACCCAACGUAAGAACAGUAAACUGGAUGACUUUUGACCUCACUCUAAACAUUUUCACUCUAAAAAUUUCUGUAGGCCUUUUCUUAACGCAACCAGCUAGCUCCGUGGCAAUGAUUCUGUGAAUUCCCCUUUAAGUUUAGAGGGAGAGAUUUGACUUGGGUGAGGAUAGGUAGUUUAAGAACAAAAUUAAACCUUAGGAAAUGUAA